GCCAGUCGUAAGCGCACCUAAAACCCAAACAAACGUAGGCAGCCCGAUUUUCGGAGAAGUUUGCGGACACAGAGCGGAGUAGCGUCUGUCGUGUCAGCAGCGCUCCUUUGAAUGCGAGUCCCUCUCUGCUCGAGACCGUCGUGCUCCUGAGAAGAUCCAGUCUGUUCCUGUGAGCAGUCGGGUUGACCUGGGGAAACUUUCACUGCAGCAUCGUGCCGGGGAGAUAUCUGAAGAAAGACCCAGCCGACAAACUUUUGGAUACAUGCUGUUUUCCCUUCAUCUAGACAGAAGCUGACCCCGCCGCCGUCAGGCUUUGUUUUUGGACGAUUGUAGCUGUUGCUAAAUGACGCCCACCAAGGCCCUUUGACCUUGCAUGUCUAUGAAAUCAGAUAGGAAUCCUCUAACUCCCCCGGUCAGAAAAGUGCCGCUAAUCAAAUGGCCAUCUUCCAAAUGUGAUUCCACGAACUACAGAGCGACACCUGGCAUUACGAUGCGGCCCUCAGCAGCAUCUCCAACUCACUAACCAGAACUGAAAAUCACAGCGAUGUAACUCUGAGCUUCACCUCUUUCCCUGUCAUGUGACUCUGAACGUUGCUAAAUCUUUUCUUCAAACUAAGACGCUCUCUUUCACCAGUUUAAUGAGGUGAGCAGUGGCUUUCAGCGACCUCCAUUGCCAAUCAAAGACUGUCUCUGAAUCCAUUUUUUUUUUCUUCGUUGCAUGCCUGAGUAGAUUUUAAAAUGAUUCGGUGAAGGGCUGGUGCAGUCUGCAGCGUUCUGGCACACAGCGUGGCAGGACACCCCGCCCCACCCCCCCCGUCUGGCGUCAAAGUGGGACUGCUACACAGCCGCAGGUCCAUGUCUGAGGGCACACCGCGUCCACAGACUCUGUCCUCUCGCUGAAGACGCGACGGACUAGCUUCGCAUCACCUUUGGGACAAAUCACUUCUCGCGUCGAGUCGCCUUGCCAAUCGCUUUUAAGCCCAAUCAGGUUUUGAGUGUUUUUCGUGACAGUAGGAGCGAGUGCUUCCAAAAACUUCGAAGAAACCAGCUUGUCGAGGACAGCUUUCAUCGCCGAGUGCCGAGGAAGGGAUCGGACUCGCCUCCGCCUCGUCCUAGACCGGCCCGCGUCUGCGACGGAGAUCCCGUUCACCGCCUGGCCAGUUUUCCUGGAUCAGCGCUCCUGAUCAUUCCAGCAGCUCCCUCUGACUCCUCUCCAGCCGUUCCAUCCUGGACGAAGGGAGCUCCGCCUGGAGAAAGGGGCCGCACUGUCCUGGUCGAGGUGGAGUGGGGGGUUCCUUGGCGCCGCUUCCCGUCUGCCAGUGCACGGUGUCCGUGAGCAGCGCCACCAGGCCUGAAGGAAGCCAGCCCAGACAGACAGGCAGAGAGAGAGAGGAGGCAGAGGACUUCAGAGCAACAGACUCUGGGAUCCUGGCCAUGAGGUUUGAUGCCUCCAUCCACUGACCGGAAACACUGGACCUAAAUGGCGCAGCAUGACUUUGUCCCUGCCUGGCUUAACUUCUCCACGCCCCAGCCUGCCAAGUCCCCUGCUGCCAACCUUGACAAGCAAGGUGAGCCUCACCACCACAGAGACGCCAGACCUGCUGUGAGCCGCCGCCGCCACAACUCCUCUGAUGGUUUCUUCAACAACGGCUCCCUGCGCGCUCCAGCAGGCGACGGAUGGCAGCAGCCCUCGCUGCUACUGAGACAUGACUCAGUGGACUCGGGGGUGGCCAAGGGGGGGCACGGCGGACUGGCAGGGGGCUCUUGUUGGAAGGAAACGGCCAACUGGCACGGAGCUCCCCGCGGUGCCCCGGACAGCCACCACCACCAGGGACGCCACCCCAAACGAGGAGGAGGCGACAGGGACAGGCAGGGGGGGCACAGGCAGCGCAACGGUAACUUCCAUCCCCGCAAGGGGGCUUCGUACCAGGACAAGUUUCCCACCGAGGAACGCAAGGACGGCAAGGACGACAAGCUGAAUUUUGUAGAAGAGGACUUUCCCUCCCUCAACCCUGAAACAACUGGAAAGCCUGGCAGUCAGAUGCGAGCAGUGGCUCCCCAUGCGGGGGUGUGGGAAAACCCUCCUGUUAGCAAGCAGAUGGUGUCCAAAAUGCUGGUCAUCAAGAAGGUUUCCAAGGAAGACACUGGCACAGCGUUCUCUGCAGGCUUUGCCACUGCUGGCACCUUGCCCGCCAACGGCAGCAAAGCCCCCCUCACAGGCUCCAGCGUCUACAAGAACCUGGUCCCCAAGCCCGCCGUGGCCCACACCAAGAACCCCCAGUGGAAGUCCGGUGGGAGAGAGAUCACAAAGUCGGGCCUUCACAUGCCAGGCCGGGAUUCAGUCUUCACCAGCCCCGUCUCUGCAGCCAAACCCAGCCCCCCAGUCAGCGCACCACAGCACAACACCCAGAAAGAGCAACCUUCCAGCACGACUCCCCCCAUAGAUAUUGCUCCAUCAAGACUGAAGCUGAUGCGCCGCGGUCCGGACCGAAAGAGUGAGUUUCUGCGAACCCUGAAGGACGAGGGCACCGGAGAGCUGACGACGAGCAGCAGCCCAGGAACAUCAGGAGAGGGAGACAGCAGCACCCCAGAGCCCAAAGCCUACAGCGAGGAAGCGUGCCACGAGAACGGCCUUACCUACUCCCUCAGCGAUUCAGACACGGAGCACCUGUCCAGCUCCCUGGAGGCAGAGCACAGGCUGCUGAAGGCCAUGGGCUGGCAGGAAUACCCCGAGAACGACGACAACUUCCUGCCUCUGACCGAAGACGAGCUGAGGGAGUUCCAGACUAAAACCGAACAGCUGAAGAAGAACGGCAUGCAAAGGAACGGGGUUCUCCCCAAGACACGGGGCGUGACCCUCCACUUCACCCCCUGGAGGAGUGUGGCGGAGGCGCGCGUGGAGGAGGGUUCCGAGUCCGAAACCAGUAGCAGCAGCCAGACCUCGGACGACGACGACUGCAUCAGAUCCUAACACGGCUUUACGGAACAAAGCAUACAAGAAAACAGCCGACACCACAUCCCAGCAAGCCACCCCCCCCCCCUCUUCCUGUCUCAUCUUUCCUUUUAGAGCACCAUUUUGUUCUCAAUUUUCUUUGUUUUUGUUUUGUUUUUUUUCGUCAUUCUUGCACAAGGGAAAAACCAAUCAUAUCCCAGUGAAGGGGGAGAUUCCUGCUCUGCCAGACGUUGUUUUCCCUGCGUUUCCUCCUUCACUGCAGUCCUUGACCUCCUUCCUCCCCUCACCCUCUUCCUUUUUCUUCCUCGCUUUGUUGAACUGAAGUGUUCAUCAAGAAAAAGAAGGGCAAUGAAUGCACACUUGAUUCUGCUUUAAACAGACUAACUCAUUUCAUUGAUGAUGCUGAUGACACAUUAAUAAUGAUAUUAAUAAAAAUUGGUUCCUGACAAGCUGAUAUGUUUCACUAUGAA